CGGUGCUCUGCUGGGCGGUGAACUGGGGCAAAGGUCGGGGAAGUAACCCUUGUCCUACUAGUGAAGUCAGUCCAGAUCCCCCCCACACCGACCGGUCCCGUCAGUCAAUCAGUCAAUCAGUCACCUCACCGGCCUUUCCCGCUACACACCGGCCUCACCAUGGCAGAGCAGCCGCAGCCCAUCAGCCCAGUAAAGAACUUCUUCGCCGGGGGGUUUGGAGGGGUCUGUCUGGUAUUUGCUGGGCACCCCCUGGAUACCAUCAAGGUUCGAAUUCAGACACAACCAAAGCCGCCCCCUGGAGUUGCUCCGUUAUAUGCUGGAACUUAUGAUUGCUUUAAGAAAACCCUUGUUAAGGAGGGUGUCAAGGGCCUCUACAAAGGAAUGGCAGCUCCCAUUGUUGGAGUGACUCCCAUGUUUGCUGUAUGUUUCUUUGGCUUUGGUCUGGGUAAAAAACUUCAACAAAAACAUCCUCAAGAUGUCUUAACGUAUCCACAGCUGUUUGCUGCAGGGAUGUUGUCUGGGGUAUUUACAACUGCAAUCAUGGCUCCAGGGGAGAGAAUAAAGUGCCUCUUACAAAUUCAAGCUGCCUCAGGCGGAUUGAAAUAUGCUGGCCCAAUGGACUGUGCAAAACAACUGUACAGAGAAGCUGGGAUUAGAGGAGUAUACAAAGGGACGGUCCUAACACUCAUGAGAGAUGUGCCGGCCAGCGGGAUGUAUUUUAUGACUUAUGAAUGGCUGAAAAAUAUUCUCACCCCUGAGGGACAUAGUGUAAGUGAGCUCAGUAUCCCCAGGAUCCUCUUUGCUGGUGGAAUGGCUGGAAUUUUUAACUGGGCUGUUGCAAUUCCUCCAGACGUACUAAAAUCCCGUUUCCAGACAGCUCCAGCAGGAAAGUAUCCAAAUGGGUUCCGUGAUGUUUUGCGAGAGCUGAUCCGAGAAGAAGGCAUAGGGUCUCUAUACAAAGGCUUUACAGCAGUUAUGCUUCGGGCGUUCCCAGCUAACGCGGCUUGCUUCCUUGGUUUCGAGGUAGCUUUGAAAUUCCUAAACUGGAUGGCACCAAACUUGUGAAACACAAAUGAUUUACAGCUUGUCAACAUGAGAUCCAGAUACCUCUAUGAAAACAUUUGAAUGUUUGACCGAAAAAAUAACACACCAUGCCUUAUUAAUGAACAGUGCAAAUGUAGCACUUUCUGGGAAUACUUGAGCCAUUUAUUAGCUUAAAAAAAUGGAAACCUGUAAAAAAAACAAAAAAAAAAAAAAACACACAACCUCCCACCCCCAAAAUAUAUCAGACUUUAGAUUUUUUUUUGAAUUAGCAGAAUGAAAUGCACUGCUCAGAUGACUGUAUUAAAUAACUAUAUAAUUAUUUAGGUUUUUUUUAAACAAGCCAUGUAUUCAACGAUAUCUGUUUCAGGGCAAUAAGUUAUCCUGUGUUUUCUACAUGCAACAUCACUAAGUGCUUCAGGAUGUGAAAGAAUAACUGUUUAAUAAUCAGCCUAAAACCAUUCUGCUGACACCAAUGCUGUGUAUGGUUAGGGCCCAACCACUACUUGUUUAGUUUUUUUUAUAAAAGUGGAUGGGAGAUAUUCCUAGUCAUUUGUGGACUAGUGUAAAGGACCAGAAAUGUAUCUUUAGAUGGGGUGGAGCAGAUCCUUCUUCUGUGCCCUUCAGUUCUCCUUCUCCUCUGCUGGGGUAUGACGAAGUACUGGGAUAUUAGAAUAACCAAGGAUGCCCAUGGAAGCAAACUAUAUGUAACUGGAGGCAAGGCAGAAGCUGAUUUGUCCUGUAUCAGUAGUGCUAUUCAAAGAUUUUAAUGUACCCUGGAUUUCACAGUCUGCUUCCCAAAUGUUCCAUGUAUAUCCGUUCUUCUAGGCAGAUGUAAAUAAUCUGUUUAUAAUCAGUCUAUCGGUGAAACUGUUGAAUGUACACAGACUGAAACAUUAAAUAUUUUACUUGUAACACAUGA